AUGGUAAUUAAAUGGAUUGAGUUGACAAUAACAGUUGCAGCACUGAUAAUCUUCCAUAAUGCCAAGGAUGUAGAGACAUCUGUAUCAGGAACUAAAUAUGGAUACAAGGUAACUUUAGAUAAUGAAGAGCCACAAGAAGCAAAGGAGUAUUAUUUAGGUCAACUGAUACUUGAUAAAGAAAAGGUAAAUAAAAAAGAAUCAUUAUUUCCCCCUUAUUCAGGAGAUAGAUUAUCUGCACCAGCACAAUUGUUGGAAUCAAUAAUUCUUCGUGAUUUAGGACGUUUUAUCCGCAUAUCUAAUUUCCUCUCUAACCUUGGAUAUGACUUUGGAAGAUAUAGAUACUCUGAUACAGCUCUCACAUCAGCAUGUAAAAUACCAGGUGAAGUAGGGUACUUCCUUGUUGCUCAUCUACUAUCACUUGGAGCUCCCGUAAAUACAUAUAGUGAAGAUAUGUAUACACCAUUACUUUUGGCUUGCAAAUAUAAACAUAAGAGAGUAGUAAAACUACUUAUUGAACAUGGAAAGUGUAUAGUAGACUGUGCAGACUCAGAUGGGAGAACUCCAUUGUUUUACGCUAUAAGUCAAAUGGAUAAAGAAUUACUUAUAUACUUUUUACAAAAGGGUUCCAAUGCUAAUUUUAGAGAUUUAUUGGGCAAUACUCCCUUAAUACAUGCUGUAAUGAUGGGUAAUAAAGAAGCUCUAAAACCUCUACUAAGCUCUGGAGCAUCUCCAUGGCUGCGUAAUUACGCAGGCUAUGAUCCUGUAACUUUGGCAGUUAUAGAUAAUCACAUAGAUUUUAUAUCUAUCUUAAUAAAUAAUAACAACUAUUCUAAACAGGAAUUAAGUAUUAGACGUUUAGUACCUGAUUACAAUUAUCUUGCAGCUCAAAGAUUACUAGUGGGAGUUCAGAAACAAGUACCAGAAUAUAUUUUGUUAGAGUUGCUAGAAAUCGAAAUUAUUUUAGAAAAUGUAUUGAUAUGUUCAGUAUCUGAUAAACAAGGUUUUACUUUGCUAUGGUGGUCUGCCAAGUUAUAUUACACACUUUUUAUUCAGAGACUGUUGCAGUUUUAUCAGCGUGCCCAGUCUUUGUCUGAGGGACAUAUUUGUAAUCCUCAUAAAAGUGGCAAUAGUGAAAUUCUACCUUUAGAAAUGAUGAUAACCCAACUACAUUACAAUUCUAAAAUUUCUAAAAUAGCUUCUAAAAGAUUAUAUCAGGAACUUGUAUUUUUUAAUAAAUCCAAUCUGAAAAAGACUAGGUUUAAUGUAGACCUAGAAAACAUAUUUACAAUACUGUAUAUGACAGAUCCCUAUUCUAAAAGAUCAUUUUUACUACAAGUACUAUAUCUUGGAAGAAAUAUUGAUAAUAUAAUGAGGAUUUUUUUUGGUUUACCACACAACUACUUGGAGAAUAACUGCACAAAUUAUAUCAACAAAGAUGAUAUAGAUUUUAUAAAAUUCCAAAAACUAAUCAGAUCAUUAAUGCUUCAAUUAGAUACAAGAAAUCUCUUAAUAAAUGAACUUGUAUUAGAUAGUAACUCAAAUAUUAUAAGGAAGAAUAACACAGACUUAGGUUCAUCACUGGAUGCUACCUACAACUCCUACGCAACUAGUAUUUCCUGUAUAAUAAAUUCAAAACCUUCAAACAAUAGCCAAAUGGAAUUCUUUACACAUCCAGCAAGAAGUUUAAUUAGUCCAAUGUUGUACCCUCUUUUAGUUAGAGGUGAGACAAAAAUUCUGGAGGAAUCCAAUGCUCUUAGUAUAAGUGUUUCAAGAGGAAAUAAUAGACUUGUCUUAUUUCUUGCAAAUGUAUAUAAUCAAUGUAUUCAAGAUGAUAAUUUUUCUUCUCUAUCUGUUUAUAGAAAACUCUGCAUGGAGGCGUACUAUGGAGCCUUAAAAAUGGCUUUGAAAAAGUAUCAUCCUUUGGAUUCAAUUUCACUUAUUCAAAAGGGUGCAGAUAUUUCUCUUUAUACUCUAUUAAGAUAUAGACCAAAUACUUUCGGUGAAAUUCUAAUGAAACUUAACUAUUGUGAUCCUACAGAUGAAGUUAUUGCUAUAAAAUUACUUCAAUAUGUUAUUCAUGGCUUUCUUCCAAAACUUUGCUAUGGGACAAAUGUUUUUCAAAAUUUCUAUCACCCCUCCAAUCCUAUAAACUAUAUAAAUGAUCAAACUAAGGCUUGUACAAUAAUGUCUCUUGAGUACUAUGGAAUUGAGGGAUCUAAACCAUCUCCACUGGAGCACUCUAUUAUAUUGUUACUUAAUAUUCCAUGUGAUGUUAGUAAUACUAGAUUUGUUGAUAUACUAGUUCACUCCUUUGCCAAAAAUGCCUUUUUUCUCAGAUAUGGUUGGGUUCAUUCUCAACAUAUACAUAGAGCUCUAAAUUACAUUAUGGACAAUCCCCGUAAUUUUGAUAAGCUUGAUACAUUUACAAAUUAUUUAUUACCAUUGUUAGGGUUUUCUUCUUAUCUUACAAAUUCACUAUUGUAUAAAUUCCAAUUUAAUGAUAUAUCCAAACCCAUAUAUUAUUAUUUUUUAAAAAGGAGUCUUUUUACAGAAUUUCUCCUUAACCAUCCUUUAUUUACUUCUAUGACCCAUAUUAAUAGAAUUUUGGUUUGUAUCAUCAUCUCAACUUUUACUUUCUGCAUUCUCUUAUUAAUUCUGGUUCUUGCAAUGGCAGAUUACCCUACAGCAUAUUAUGAAAAGAGCCAAUUUCUCAAUGAAAGUUUUACUCAGGAUAAAUCAUCAUUUGCAUCUUCUAAAUCUGUAUCAAGCUCAAGCUCUUCAUUAAAAGUUGAGCAAAUACUGCAUAGGUCUCCAUUAAAAAAAUAUUGGGUCAAAAUUCUGAAUAAAUUCUAUACAAUCUCGUUUCAUCUGUGUUUAUAUCUUUUCUAUUCUGGAUAUAGAGCUAUUCCUUCACUCCUAUUCAUCCCAAAUUUAAGUAAUAAACCUUUAUCUAACUUGCAACUAAUUUUGAUUAGUAUCAAGUGUACUUUAUUUGGAAAUUAUUCCAUUAACGAAUUAAACUCAGUUAAAAAUUGUGACGAUAAUUCAUCUUUUAUGAAGAAUUAUAUGGAAGAAAGUACAUUUUUCAAAACAUUAGUGAUCAAACUAAAGCAUAUUCAAUUGUCUCUGUUACGCAUCUUUUUAUGGACAAUAUCUUCAAUUUGGUUAUUCCAAUCCAAAAAUUUUGAUUCGGGAAUAGUCAUUGUAUACCUUGCACUGUUCUCUAUUUUUAUUAAUAUGGCAUUCCUUUCGUGUGGAGCUUCUACACAAGACAAAGACAAAUUUUACCAUUUAUUUGUUCCCUCAAAUCUAAAGUUCUUGAAAAUUUAUAAAUAUUCUAAAAAAAGUUCAAAUAGUGAGAGCACUUCAAAUCCAUGCUUAUCUUCUUUCCAGUGUAAUUUGAAUUCCUCCAUACAAGAUUCACCUUCAUAUUCUUCAACGAAUUCAAUUCACAGUAGAAAUAACUCGGUUAAUUUUUCUUUAUUAAAUGAUAAAGUUGGUGCAGUUCUAGAUAAAUGCUCUUCUUCACUAUUAUCACCAACAAAUUAUACAAUCUUGCCUCCUUCACAUUACAAUAUAAGUAGAAGAAGCCAUACAAAUAAUACUUCAUUCUCAAAUUUUUUUAAAUUUAAAGAUCUUCUGACAUCAAACCCUUUAUUCAAUAGGAGAAAUUUUUGGAUAUGUAAUUUUCCAUCUUAUAAGAAAUGGAAAUAUAAAGAAGUAUUUCCUGAAUACUAUUAUUUGUGGCUUAGCCUUCAAACCCAGAAUAAUUACUCUGUAACAUUUGAUUCAUCUAAAAAUCUUCGUUUUAAUUCCUCAACUAAUGCAAUUAUGACUUCUCAAAGUCCAUUUGAAGCAAUAAAUAAUAGAAUUAAACUUGAAGAAGAUGAAUAUAUCACAAAUAACACGUAUAACUCUGUAGGUACUAAUUCCAUCUAUUUGGCCCCACCAACUUCCUCUCAUGAUGUUAAUAGAAACUCAACAAAAUACUUAAAAAACCUUACAAUACAAAAUUCCAGAAUUGAGUCUCAUCUUUUAGCUAUUUGUCAAAAUGAGUGCAUCUUUCCAAAUGACUACCGUAAGUGGUAUAUUUUACAGUGGUGCUCUUGUAUACUUAUUGGAUCAUCUUACAGCUUAUUCUCUCUAUAUGAUGCAAAAAAUUUGUACUAUAGAUUUCUACAAUAUCCAACAAUAUGGAAUAUGUAUGGAAAAAAUUGGUUUAUAACUAUUAUUGGUGAAACAAUAACUUCUGUUCACAUAUCAGUACUAGCAUGGAACUGUUUAAAUCCUUUGGGUAUAUUAUGGGUUACACUUGUUCAGAGAUAUCGAGUUUUUACAUAUAUAACAAAGGUUUUAAGAAAAGAGAAAAGGGAGUCUGAAUUAAGUCACAUGAAUGAAACUCUAAUACUUCGUCAACUUACACUCUUUCUUACAUUGUGGAAUUUCAUUAUAUGUAGAAACAACAGUUUUCUACAAAUAACACUACAUAACAAAUAUUUAAAGGCUAUAUUUAUCUUCUUUUUCCUUUUUUUAUCUCUCCAUUUCAUUCUUAUUAGAAGUAAUCCUACGGUGAUAGUAAGAUCUCAGCUACUUUAUACUCUCUUCAUUAUAGUUUUAGUAUUAUUUUUUCUGGCUAUUCUCUUCUUUGGAUUCAUAAUACUACUUAAUCAUAUAACUAAGAAUAUUUCGACCUCUAUAAAUAAUAUUUUACAUGUAUUCUAUCAUAAUAAGCUGUUUCAUUUGUUUCUAAAACGUGAAAUUGCUAUUUUAUCAGCCAAGAAACAUGAUGCUUUCCUGUAUGUAUAA